AUGACGGUCGUGACCAAGAAUCUGGAUACUAUCCCCUACGAUGUUUUCUACCAGGUAGCUUCGACAUUGGACUGUCAUGAUUUCAUCCACCUGAGUCGCGUGAACCGAUCGCUCAAUGCUUUGAUGCAAAGUGAAUCAAUUGCGCGAAAAACGAUUGAGAACAACCUCCUCCAAACCAAAGAAGGCCAAGAAGCCAAACAAACCAAAAACUAUCGCCGAGCAGUUGGGCGUUUGUUUGACAUCAAAGAAGCGUUCGCCACGGCCCAACCGUACUCAGUCUCGGUGUUGGGUUACGGCAGCGCAUUCCUGUACAGCGGCGGUUCCCUUUGUUACAUCUACAACGACGAAAUCCGCGCCUUGGAUGUACACGGCGGCAGCCGGAUCGAACAGGUGCUGAACCUCUACAGCGUUCUUUCCCGCGCCAUCCCUGGAUGCAAUCCGACAGAGGACACGACGCAAAUAUCCCUGAUGCAAUACGGAUACGGGGUGCUUGCUUUUCUUGUAGAAGUUGUAGAGCGACGCGAAUCCUGGCUACUAGCCGUGGACAUGCGGCGAAAGCGCGACUGCGGGAAAGGCGGGCGACUGCGGCUCCGGACACAGCUUCAAUCCACACGGCGGCUCUUCGUUCGUCACGACGACGCCUAUCUUUACUACGGCACUCACUCGGCGUUGGGUUACCACGGAUAUCCGCAAUGGGCGGUCAGCUGCGUCGAUCUGACAACCGGGCACCAUGUCACCGAGAAACCGAUCGAGUUGGACAAUUUCGCCGGGUACGAGAUUGGGCAAACGGUUUGCUUUGGAGUCCAUGAGAAGCAUCUCUACGCCGUAUCGACGCAGGUGGACUUUGAGGAGGAAGAGGUCGACUGGACAUCUUUCUACGUCUGGGUGUGUUUGUCGCCGAGCAGGAAUACGGGCCCCGUGACUCUUAACCGAACUUGGCGGCGACAGCAUCGCGAGGGUCCAAUCAACGACACCUGGUCUGAUCUCUCGCUGCGACAUGACGAGUCGACGAAUAAACUCAUGGUUUUGGAGUGUCGGCGUGAGUGGCGUGACGGUGGCAGCGAAAACUGUCGCACGUAUUACGUGCAGCCUCUCCCGUCGCCCGCUGAGAUCCGCCAGAGUAAGCGGCAGGGAGGCAACGCAGGACAGCUUUCAGCCCCCGCCCCAUUGCCCGACGAACCGUUGACCAAAACCCUGGAUUCUUCCAACAAGCCCAAUUACGAGCGGCCGCGAAAACGUCUACGCCGACAUUUCCACCAGGAAUACCAAUUAGGGGCAUCCGGCAGCGGCAGCGGUGCCAGCCCAACUCCACGUCAGGACUUCAUCCUUGCAAAAACAAAGUUUCGCACAUACAAUAUCUCAGCCUCGAGUUUUGUCGAUCUAGUUAAUGAUCCGAGCCCUCCGUCGGGCGGUUGCUUCGUACCGCACGACCGACUGCGUUUGCGCGUGGCUUCGCGCAAACGGAAAUGUCCUAUUGACGAGGACGGAGACGAAGGCUCCAAGGGACUUUUGUACAAACCAGAACUAGCCUCGCCGGACGGUACUCCCCUGGAGAAUAGCGAAGAGCGUUUUGCAUCUCGCGGGAUAUCUCUAUGGCCUCCGGAUGAUGCUCCACCGGAGCUUAACAAACUCCUAUGCCCAUCCAAAAGAGCAGGAAAGAUACAUGCGGUUUCAGAUGAGCGGUCGAUACUCUACUCCGUGGACCAAGAAGGCCUAGGCCCCGGUAAUCAGGCAAUCAUUCUGAUCAACUUCGAUCCGGCCCUUCGGCUGUCGGGUCUGCAAAAGUUGGAGAUGCCUGACCAGCUCAAAGCUCAGAAGACCCAAACAGGCGUUGACAUUGAGCGACCUCAACUAGCCGAUAUCGGAUGUGAACGUCUAAUGCCUCAUACAACAUUCGCCGGGCAAAGGGCAAACCAGGCUUUGCCAUCUGUCCGGGAGGAGCCGGCUAUGUAUCUCAGUAUCCGACGUGGAUAUUGGCUUCGAUGA